AUGGAAGAAGCAAAUGGUGUUCAUUCUCCCAUGUUAAGUCACAACAAACCCAGAAAAUUUGGCACUGAUGUUAUGCAGGAUCCUACACUGUACAGGUCUGUUGUGGGAGCUCUCCAAUAUGUCACAUUAACAAGACCAGAAAUUGCCUUCUAUGUCAACAAAGUCUGCCAAUUUAUGGAAAUCUCUCUUGAUAGCCAUUGGUGUCUUGUGAAGAGGAUUCUUAGAUAUCUAAGUGGUACUUCUACACAUGGGCUGCUACUAUCUCCAACUUAUCCAAGUCAAGCAUUAUCUCUAAGAGCCUACAGUGAUUCUGACUGUGCCAAUGAUCCUGAUGAUAGGAGAUCCACCUCUGGAACAUGUAUCUUCAUAGGGCCUAACCUGAUAUCUUAG